GCAGGAGCUGUGGAAGAAGAACAGAGAAGACGAAGGAGGCUGUGACAGUUUUUAGCCGGAACGCGUACAGACUCGUUCACUCUUAGAGGUUCAGUCGGCGUCGUUAAGAAAGAAAUAAAGUGAUAAUAAUAAUAAUAAUAAUUAUUAUUAUUAUUUUUGAAAAUGCAGAAGGAUUUCACCCUUUGCCCAAGAAGAUGCAGCGCGUUUUUUUGAACGUCUGAACAGGUCCUGCACCGCUGAGACCCGAGGUCAGGAAAGCAAGCAGGCUACAGUCGGCUUACAGACCUCCCAGGGCCUCCCAGCAAGUAUCCAAAGCAUCUACCAUAUGGACCACAUGGCUGGGGAUCUGGCACAGACCUGCUGAGUCCUCACUGGCUCCUGGAACAAACCCCUUUGAAAUCAAUGCGUAAGAAGGCACAUCAUGAAGUUUCACAAAGCUACGCCGACUGGAAGGAUCUCUGAGGGCAUUGCUGAGGCUUGAAAUUUUUGCGUGAAAUCGCUUGCCCGUUACUGGGAUAAUUGGUUUGUGGGCUUUCUGACACUGGAGGCACCGGCUUUUUCUGUUUUUUUCCCUUUCACUUUUAGUGUUCGGUUGAUUCAUUUCACCUGGAAUCUUAGCGUAUGAUUUUUCAAUAGUGGAGACAAACCAUAAAAGGGACUUUGGUAUUGAACAUGACUCAUGGGGAAGAGCCUGGCUCUGAGAUGCACCAGGAUUCAGCUGUUCUAACUUAUUUGGAAGGUUUACUAAUGCAUCAGGUUGCCACUGGACCAGGCGCCACGGCUACAAGGAGAUCAGAGGCUGGGCACAGCAACCAGGAGCAAGACGGCAAGGAGGCAGGGGACUGCCAGUUGCAGAACCAUGGUUCUAAUCAGCGACAGGACAGAGGCAUGCCUCUUAGAGGGGCAACACAGCACCUUAAGAAGGCCAGACUGCUCCGUUCAGAAGCCUGGAGUGGGCCUGAAAUCCGGAAGCUGUCAGCGCCCGUGGUGGAUUUGAACGGGCACGGUAGUGACAUACAUACUGGUGCGCUGAAUGGUUCAUCAAAAUGCAAAGGGGAGAGUACACUUCUGGCUUCUCUGCUGCAGUCCUUCAGUUCCCGGCUUCAGACCGUGGCUCUGUCGCAGCAGAUAGUAGAGAGUCUCAAGCAGCAGGAUUGCAGCCAGGUCAACAAAAGCACCCAAAGGGCAGAAGGAGAGGAAGAGGUGGUGUCCCGACCAUGUUACGGAGCGGCAUCUAAUCGCUUGAAGGGUCUGAUGAGGAAGAAUAAGACGCAGAACCACAACAGUGUGCCUUACCGCCGCAGGACUAACCAAGAGAGGCUCUCAGAAUCGCCGCAGGCAUCACACGGCGGUGCUCAGCCAGCUGUUGCAGACUCAAUCUCAUGUGCGGCACGCCUCAAAGCAGUGGCAAACUUGGUGAACAUUAGAUCCAGCCCAGCCACCUCCCCCAAGCCCAGUGUGGCCUGCAGUCAGCUAGCCUUGCUGCUCUCUAGUGAAGCUCAUCUGCAGCAGUAUUCCCGAGAGCAGGCCUUAAAAGCACAAUUAUCUGGGCGGUCAGCCAGCGAGAGGCUCGCAGCUAUGGCCACACAGCAAACGCAGGAUAAGAAGCAGGCCAACAUGGGACCAGCUCAGAUGGCUCCAGACAUGGUAAGCUCCUUAAACACCAAAAACGGAAUAUCGCCACAAACGGCAUUAGGCUCCAGUAAACAAAGUGUCACCCUCCUUCCAGGACAGAGCAGAACGACCUGUUCCCCGCAGGCUCAGCAUCCUUUCAAGGAAAAGCGGCCGUUCGAAAGACACACGAACAGGCCCUCGCAGCACUGCAGCAGUUUGCUCCUGCAACUCCUGAACAACCACAACACGCAGAGACGGAUCAACGGACAGGAUCACCUCCGUGAAGACUACAGCAUGUUCCCUUGCCGUAGCUCCCCGCUGCUAUCUGAUAGCGAGUACUCCAACACAGAAAACAGCCUGCCAAAAGACAGCAGUGAUGCUGAGAGCUCCAGCUCCAGCUGCUCUCCUAUUGACCUCUCCAUGAGGAGCAAGGGCAGUGGUCCAAUGCUGGGGUCCUCCUCCUCUCUGGACAAACUGACAGAGUCUCUGAUAAACACUUGGAAGCCCAAGACCCCACAGCCACAUUCGGCUGAAACCAGAGAACUUGAAUCUAAUGUGACUGUGAAACCCCAUCACAAAGUUACCCUUUUGCAGUUGCUUCUGGACCACAAAAACAACGAGAAGGUAAACAAAAGUCCAGUUAAUCCAGAUUUGCAGCUAAGUGUAAACCCCAAAACCAACAAUAUUCCUGCAGGGAGACUGACACCAAUAGCAAGAGCUGAGGAACCGAGGACACAGAGCCCUCAGGGUGGGAUGACUGGCAGAAACCUUCAGUCCAUGCCUACGUUCUCCCAUGGAAGAGACUCAAAUGGUAGUGCAUCACCCUACAGUUUGUACUCUUCCCCUCAUGCCCAGUCAAUUCCGCUGGAUCUCUGUAAGUCUAAACCCUGUAAAAGUGAUACCGGUGUCCAAGAGCCAGCUUUUAGCGCCAGCAAGCUACUACAAAACUUGGCCCAGUGUGGAUUACAAAAAUCAGCCUCUUCCCCUCUUUUAAGGACUCCGCUGCCUACUAGCCACAUCCAAGCUCACGAACUGAAUUUGGACAAACAUUUAACUUUGCUGGAGAGACUCAAUGCUCCAGUUCAGAGAAGCAAAUCCCCCGUUUUAGAAGUCCCUUGUGCUAAUUUUGUCAGUGUCCCAUUUGUGCCAGAGGUCUCCACACCUGUGUCAGAAGUUGAGAAUCUCCUCGAGAAACGUACAGUGUUGCAGCUUCUUUUGGGGACUGCCUCCAACAAAGAGAAAUCAAGUAGCAAGAGAAAAAGGCCAGCAGCCAGGGGCAGCAACUUGGAAAAGCAGCCAGAUCGACCUGGGAGUUGCGGCAGCUCGAAUGGCCUCUUCCUGGACAUUAAGAUCAAGAGCGAGCCAUCUGAGGAGGCUCAUCCGUCCGAUGGUGACGAAGCACUGGAGCGGUGCAGAAGCGAAGGAAGGGAGUGUAGGAGCCACAGCCCCGCUUCCAUUCCCAAGCGAAUUAUAAAGUCAGAGCGACUGUCCCCAGACACAGCCCCCCGAGAUGGCCUUCUGAGCCAGCUGUUAAAGCAGCAGACCAGAACCUAUGAAGCUGACAGGCAAGCCGACUCGAGCGCCAUCGCUGUGAAGGAAGAGUGGCAAGAGCAUCAGGGACCAGCCUUACCGAAGAAGAGGAAGUUCUGCCUGGAAUUUCACAACCGCCUGAACAGCAAGUCCUGCGUGACUUUAGGCAGGAGCAGCACUCCAAAGGACCUCGGCGAUGAGUGCCCUGUACCUGCAACAGCCACUGGACACAACGUAAAGAAGCCGACAAGCUCACUGAGAACAGACACUCCAGGGAGGUGUCCUGUCAAUGAGUUGCCUCCAAGUGACAGUGGGGGCUUCAACGUGCUAAAGCAGCUCCUCCUGUCUGACAACUGUCUGAAGGACCUCUCGCAGCCCCGGGGUGCCCCCAGCCCUUCCGCUCAGCAGGUCAGCUCCAAAGUCAAUGGAACUUCCAGGCAUGACUUCAUCGGCCUCCAGCCGAACUGCAGUCCGCAGAGGUCGAGACCCGGUGACCUCAAAACAGCGAUCGCAAAUUCUGCGAGCGACAGCAACCCAGGUUCCCUUUGGGGUGGCUAUGCCGCACGACAGGAUUCUCACAAAAAGAACCUUGUGCCUCUCAGGAGAGAUCUUGAAGGCCCCGUGCGGUGGGUGGUCAGCGAGGAUGAGAAACAGGACUCGCGCCCUGCUUCCCCACGCCUGACUAAAACAAACCCCAUCUUGUACUAUAUGCUCCAGAGAGACAACCUUCACCUCAGCAGAGAAGGAAAGGUGUGGGAGACAGAAAUUCUGCGCUGCGGAACACAGGUGAAAGUGAAAGAGGAGCCCAUAGCGGACGUGAACGCCGUUGACCACAGACUGACCCUGAAACACCACUUGCAGCAGCACAACGAGAGGCACGUUUGCAACUCUGAGCACCUGGAUGGCUUGCUGAAAAAAUGCUAGGCUACAAAAAGAGAAGAGAAUGCUUCUAUCCGGACUGUGAGAACAAACUUCGUUGUGUCUGUUUUUGCAUAUGUACUAGUUUUCCUCAGUUAUUUAAAUUUUGUGAGAAGGAAAAAAAAGUGCAGGCAACCAGUUAUAAAAUACUAGUAUCAAACACAAUGGCAAAAUGAUAAAAGAUCCAAAGCAACUUUUUAUGAUUUUUCAGAAUUUUCAAUUAUUUACCUUUGAAAUCAUCCGAGUAUUUUCUCUAUGCAUAAUUUUUAACAAAAAUUUUAAUUGUGUAUACUAUUUAAAAAAAUAAUAAGAAUAAUAAUAAUAAUAAUAAUAAUAACAACAAACGGGUACGUAAUUUGUCUAAAUUCAUAUGUGCCGCACUUGCGGGCAUUUUUGUCUUGCGUAUACACAAAUACACAUGUGCGUUUCCGUGUUUCUCUCUUUUCUGACUGGUCCUCACUCAUCCACCUUGACUGCAGUUACAAAAACUAGCUAUAGCCUUAUUAUCAAACUUGUCGUUGUCAGUAUUUAGUGUUUCAUUUUUAUGUAUGUGCUCUAAAGUCAUUCAUUUCUUCUCUAAGUGCUGCUAGAUUCACCACCAUCAGCACACCCCCCCCCCCCCAACCCCCCACAAAUGGUGAAAAAUAUACAACCAAAUUCACACACUGGGCACUGCAACAGGCUUGCUAUGACAAGAAUAGGGAACUUUUGGUAUGUGCGUUUUCCUUGAUGGUCAUAGUGGAACUGGUGCAACAUUUGAGCCGCGUAGGUGCAAGGAUCUCCAGUGAAGUUUCACAUGUUGUUCCGCAAGGCUCGAGACGUUCUUCAUAACCGCCGAGGCGAACCAGAAACUGUGAGUCGUUCCAAAGCUCGGAGGGCACGUUGUGUCUGCGAAACCCAUCCAGGGAUGGAACCGGUCAUUUAAAAUCCAGUCUGCCAUUUGAAUCAUAGUGUUCCUUCGCAAGUACCACUUCACACCUAUUCUUUAUUUGGAGUGCCCUGUCUGUGCUGUGGGAUGUGUACAAGAGACGUGGCAUUUGUAUUUUACUCUGCUGUAAUAUCUGUUUUUAUUUAUUCGCUUUUAGUAGUUGAUUUUUCAAAGUUCUGUGCUCACACUCUCAUAACCGCCAGUGCCAAACGUAGAAACAUCUGCACGUACAUUUUCAUUUAUUCAUUUUGCAGAUGCUUUUAUGCAAAGCGACGCACAUCUCCGAUGAAAGAACUGUACCAUCCGUAGGGUGAAGCCUUUCAACCACUCCUUGUCUUCUUCAGUGCUUACAGUUAUUAUCGAGAGGGUACCAGGAUUUGAACCUGAGGCCUCUUAGUUUGCAUUAAAUGUUAUACCCCAUAUGACACUGCAGAGUCAUUUUGUUAUGGAAUAACAUUUGUGUUGAUGAUUAUUGCAAAGCGGACUCAUACUGUACGGCUGUUCCAUCAAACUUUCCCAUAACUUGCUUUGCACUUGCUUUGAGUAUAAAAUCGGAUUACAAAGCAAUUUCUCGGUUGCAUUUAAACGGUAUCCACAAUACUUUAGUGAUUGCAUAAUGUUACUCAAUAUUUUUGAUAGACCCCUUUCUUUACGUGUAUGAUCUUGGCCAUGGAUUGAGGUGUACUGAUGAAUAAUACAAAUUAGUUUGGUCACAUUAAUUUUGUUAGCACUAUAAUGGGAGAUUUGUGGUUUUUAGUUCAGUUUUUUUUUCUUCUUUUUUUUUGUAUUGGCUCAAUCCCACAGGCUUGCAAAUUGGGUUACCGGCUAACCCAUAAAUGUAAACUUCUUUUUUCCUUUUCAUACUUCACUGUCAUGACAUUAUCAAGUCUUACAUGUGAUUUUAUUUAUUUUUUUUCUUCUUUUCAUUUCCCUUUCAAUAUCAUUUACUUUGGAUUAGGAAUGGAGAAUGGAUUUAAAAACUUGUGUAAAUAGUACUUUCACUAUGAAAGAUAGCUAUUUUGUAUGGUUCAAGAGAAAGAUAAUGUAAUAGUUUUCAAUUCCUGGAGCCAAUGUAAAUUGUGUAAUAAUGUAUAUAACUUGACAGAGGAUGAUUUCCUUUUUUUUAAUUUCUUUUCCCCUUUUUUGCAUGUGUCUCUCUGUUGUAAGCUUAUGAUAAUCUUUGUUUGGCGAAUUGUUGUGUUAUGUCUGAUGCUCUACACUGCUGCCUGUUGCAUGCAGAGGCAUGGGAAAAACCAAUGUAUCAAUACUGGAUGUGGAGAAAUAUAAAGUCUUAAAAUAGGUCUUUUAAUAUGGAGCGCUCGUCACAUAAAAUGUGAACCGUCAGUAAAUGAAAUUAUAGACUGAAAAGCAAAUAUUUAAACUUUCAGAACUAAUGUGCAUUAAAUAUUUUGGUUUAUUAUUAUUAUUAUUAUUGUUGUUAUUAUUGUUGUUGUUGUUUUGUUAACUGGCAUCAAACCAUACCAGUUUACACUGUGUACAGCAAAGUGCUUACAAUGAUGAGGCAGAGCGGUGAGCUGUACUUAUAUUUACCGUUAGGCUUUAAAAACAGAUGUUUGUGUCAGUAAGUCCAUCUUCUUUCCAUGUUAGGAAGGAUUUUUUUUUUUUUAAUGUUAUCAUUUUUGGUGUUUACUUGCACAGGUUUUAAAUAAAGUACUAAAAUGCACAAUUUGAA